AUGAAGUUUGUUGCGAGCCAGUACGUGAGCUCCGAAGAUCCGCUGGAGUACUUGAUAUCGCUUCGCGGUGUCACAUUAAUUCCAGGCGACAUCCUGUAUAUCCCCCCUUGCCAAGUGUUAGUCGAAAAGACGCUUCGUGGCAGUGCCGUGGGGAUACGGGCCGCACCGUCCUUCUUCCACCAGCGCUGCUACGACCUCUGCAAACUAUAUCUGACAGUGCACUCCGGGGACUUCCACGCAAAGAUCAUGGCUGAAGAGUACCGCAAGUUGAAGUUUCCUUGCAAACUGACGCUGGCGGCGGCCAUCGGCGUCACACAGCCGAAAAGUUUGCUAAACGAAGCCGAAGCCGUUGUCCAGCCGGACGGCACCAUGGUGGGUGUCGACAAGGCUGCCAAGACGCACCAGAAUGAAGAGCCCAUGGAGGACGUCCUCAACAGCUUCGUGGACAUGGGCACGGACGAGCGACGUACGCUGAUCCAGCUCAUGGACGAAGCCGAGUUGACACUGCACAUCAACAUGGCGAAGGCCCACCCCGAGUGCAGGAACUACGAGAAGCACGUCGUGGUCGAGCUCCUCGGGAAGGCCUGGGACGAAGACGGGGGCAACAAUCGGACAAUCGGCGGCGAAGGGAGAGAUAUGCACGAAGACGUCUUCGGAUGGUACGAGUUUCUGCAGAAGAAGGACAUCAGGUUUCCUCCGGGCUUCGCUUGCAAGCUUGGGAAAACCUCAUUGCAGCAAUCGCAGGCAGACUAUCUGAACAGCUUUGUGCACAUGAAGGAGGAGCAGCGACGUGAGUUGAUCUAUGCGAUGGACGAAUUUGAGUUGUUCUCGGUGCACAUCAAGGCGGCAAAGGCCCAUCCCGAGUGCAAGAGCUAUGUAACCUAUGUCAAAGAUGUUUUCGGCGCAGAGGAUGAUUACGAAUUUGGAGCGCCGGACGGGGACAUGCUAGAAGACGCUCUUGGAUGGUACCAAUUCCUUCAGGAGAAGAAGCUCAUGUUUCCCAAGGACUUCGACGAGGCUGCAGCCGAAGCUGUGCCCCCAGAGGACAUACCUGCCGAGGUCGAAGUGGAAGCGGCAGAAAAGGUGCAUAUGGAUUCGUUGGACCCGACGGCGGAG